AUAAACAAUAAUAUUCAUAUUCCGAGUAAAAAGAUAGAUUUAUUUAUAAUAAAACAUAUUUAAUGACGGAACUUUUUAAGUUAAUAAACGAUAAAAAAUAUCUAGACUUUAUUUUUAUAAAUAGAAUUCUUAAGACUCUUGAUCUUUUAUUUAUAACAUAAGACUUUUCAUUUCUUAUUUUCGUUACCGCAAUUCUUAAAAAUUAUACGAUAUGAUGAUUUGUAACAAAAUCCUGUUGUUUCUCUUUGUAUUCUUAAACAUGUCAUAAAAGAUUUUUUGGAAAAUAAUCAUAACUAUAUAAUCAAAUAGUUUAACAUCAAAUUUUUGUAUCAUUAAACAUAAAAUAAUUGUUAAUAUGUUAUUUGUUUCGGAUUAUAAUGUAAUAUAAACCGAUUCUUUUGGUUUAUUUAUUGUUGGUAAACAUAUAUGAAAAGCUCAAGUAUUGACUAGAAGAACUUGAUGUAAUCACAAUAAUAAAAGAGCAAAGAUAGAUAGGUACAUAAGAAUAUAUUUCUGUUAUUUGUUUGAUAAGAAUAAGUCUCUCUUAUAUUACAUGAUUAAUAGGUCACUUAACAUAUUGUAAUUUAAAAUUAAGAAUUAAUGUAGACUAUAUUCAAUGUUUAUAAAUAUGUAUGAGAUAGAAAAGUAUCAUAUUUUUUUUGUCUUUUCUUUUUCUAUUUUAUUAGAUUCCUCUUUAUAAUCAGCAGCUGACCAAUCAUUCUUAUUCACAAUGUAAGUAUUUAUCUAUAUAAAAAAAACCCAAAGUAAAAAAAAAACAUUUUUUCUUCUAUUUUUUUUUUGUUUUUGUACUUAUUAAGUUUCAGAUGAUAAUGAUUAUACAUCUGAUGCUUUUCAACCAAUAAAUAGCAAAGUCAAUAUAAAUUAUUCCAUUCUAUCUAUGUCACAAUCGAAUACAGUAAUAACUACACAUGAUAAUCAAUCUUCACCAAUAUCAACUAAAAAACCAUUAGCAUUUGUUCAACCACGUAUUCGAGAUAUAAAUGCAACUGAAAAUCAAAUAGACAACAAGCCAGAUAUGUCAUUUAUACCAGACGAACCAUUUUCAUAUGUUAGUCAAUCGAGAAAGCAAACAUUGAAUAGAAUGACAAGUUUUAAUCUUGAUAAAAAGUAA